CCCAGCCACCCCCACACGCAGUGACGCAGACGCAGCCGAAUCCGAGGAGAAGAGAGAGAAAGCGCGUGGCCGGCGGCGAGAGGAGCGGCGGCGAUGGGCGGCGGCGGGCACGGCGGCGGCACGACGUACAAGGGGUACACCAUCCCCCACAACAAGCGCUGGCACACCGUCGCCGGCAAGGGCCUCUGCGCCGUCAUGUGGUUUUGGGUUUUCUACAGGGCUAAGCAGGACGGUGCUGUUCUCUUGGGCAUGCGUCAUCCUUGGGAUGGUCAUGAUGAUCACUCACAUGGUCAUGGGCAUGAGCAUGAGGGAUCAUCAUCAACAUCGUCGUCUCACUAAAUCAACUGCUUCUUGGCGGCUGAGGGAGACUCGCUGCUUUGGUUGUCGCGAUGAAAUCCUCGAAGAUAAUAAAGUUUCACACUAUUAAUUUUAUUAAGAUGGGUUCAUGUUGUUGGCAACUGUUUAAGGCAAACUGGUUAUGUAUUUUGCUUUUGAGAUAGCCUCCCUCGAUGGAAAACCCAUGUAUGUUGUUGCUUAUUAGGCUGUGUACAUCCUUUUGGAUGUAGAGGCUGGGUUUUUAAUCCAUUAUCUAAAAAAAUGUUGUUGCUUCUUGUGAUCAUUUUACAGCUGUUACAAAUUCCAGUUGAUACCCA